AUGAGGCAUGCCAAGCAGCAUCACGAAAAGCGGCAAUCAUGUGACGUGACACGUGGAAACGUGCUACUACGUAUGCAACGACAACAACAACGUUCGCAAAAAGAUUUACAAUCGGAAAUUGAAACGCAUCGCGUCGUCUAUGAUCGUCUUGAUGGCACCGGCCGCAAAUUGUUGGGUUCACUCACCUCGCAAGAGGAUGCCGUGAUGUUGCAACGCCGGCUGGAUGAAAUGAAUCAGCGUUGGAAUAAUUUGAAGUCUAAAAGCAUUGCCAUCAGGAAUCGCUUGGAGUCGAAUUCAGAGCAUUGGAAUGCAUUGUUGUUGUCGCUACGCGAGCUCACCGAAUGGGUUAUACGCAAAGAUACAGAGCAAUCAUCGCUGAGCGUUGGUCCGCUGAUGGGCGACGCUGCUAGUCUGCAAAAACAAUUGGAUGAUCAUAAAGCCUUUCGACGUCAACUGGAAGAUAAACGUCCCAUUGUGGAAAGCAAUUUAUUGAGUGGACGUCAAUAUAUUUCAAGUGAGCCGCCUGUGUCGGACAACAGCGAUACGGAAGUACAAGAUACCGAUUCCCGUUACUUAAGCGCCGAGGAGCAAAGCCGCGAGCUAACGCGCAGCAUUCGUCGUGAGGUUGCUAAACUUUCGGAGCAAUGGAAUAAUCUAAUCGAUCGUUCUGACAAUUGGAAACAUCGCCUGGAUGAGUACAUGACGGUAAGUGACAACAAUAACAUUUUUUUUUGUGCUUUAUUUUUAUGCACCUUUACCUCAGCAGAUUGUUAA